UAUGAAGACGAUGCGCACUAGCUACCACGCUUUCCUGUUUGCUAGCCCGUAGUGGAAUUUAUUUUUAGUAUGAUCGUAAGUCAAAUAUUAAGAUUUGCCUUAAUAUUUGUCUUUAUUAUAGCUUGAGUGUAAUGUGCCAAAAUAAAAAAAAUUGUGAAAAUGAUCGAAAAGAUUUUCACGGAUAAAGGGUCGGAGUGAGACCUCAUCUUUGGUUUAAAUUUCCAGGCGUUAACAACAAGCAGAAAGCAGCAAGACUGUGGAGAAAAGGUUUUUAAUAUUUGAUUUGUUAAAAAUAGAAUCGUAAGCCUUUAAUUUUAUCCCAUAUAUGUACAAAACAGACAUGUCGGUUGAUUUCUGUUAAAAUCUCCUGGUGUGUGUCACUUUGAAACCGUUUAGCUUGUAUUAUUUACAGUUAGCUUAGCUUCCAAGGUUAGCUAUGUUUACAGAGCUCAACAGCAUCCUGAACGCCACUCCUGAUAGCAUCACUCAGGGGGAAUUUAUUUUAGUGUCUGACAGACAGAGUGAUGCCUCUUUCCUCAUUCACCACUUCCUGUCUUUCUACCUGCGAGCGCGAUGCAAAGUGUGCUUUCUGGGUCUGGUGCAGUCCUUCAGUCACUACAGUGCAAUCAGUCAAAGACUGGGUGUAAGUUUAACACAGGCAAGGGAAAAGGGUCAGCUGAUUUUCCUAGAGGGCCUUAAGGAGUCGCUAUCUAUUUUGAUUCCUCAAGAAACCACAACAGGAAGUCAAGCCAUGGACUUCCUCAGAGAUCCUACCGUUGGCCUGCAGAGGCUGUAUGAGUUUGUGCGGUCCAGUGUGAGCAGUGAUGGUGGUGGGGAGGAAGGGUUGGAAGAGUGGGGCCCUCCCGUUUUGCUGGUGGAUGACGUCAGUGUGCUUUUGAGUCUGGGGGUCAGCGCUGGAGCUGCGCUGGACUUCAGCCACUACUGCAGAGCCACAGUCUGCUCUCAGCUACAGGGGAACAUAGUGAUGCUGGUACGCUGUCAUGGAGAAGAAGCGGAGGAUGAUGGAAGUGAUGAGGGAUCAGAGUGGCUCCUCAAGGGCCUGACCCACCAGUGCAGCCUCACUCUUCAUGUACAGGGUCUCCCAACUGGCUACUGCAGGGACAUACACGGUCAGGUGGAGGUUUGUUGGAGGAGGAGACGAGGCGAUGGGCAGCACACACAGAAGAAGCUUUUUCAGUACAAGGUCCACGAUAAAGGAGCCUCCUUCUUUGCUCCUGGGACAUCCAGUGCUGUUCUCUAGUUAUACCCUUAGACACAUUUAGUCUCUUUUACGUGACAACAGACCAACCACUGUUAUGUUUUCAUGUUGCGCAAAUAGCAAAUGCUGCCAAAGUGGUUGGUGAAUUGGCCAUGGCUGGUCACUGCUGUCAGCAAACCGUGUCUGGAUCCCAAACCUUGUGAUGGAAGGACAUUGUGAUCCAAUUCCAGACAUCUGAAUCUCCAGAGGAUAGAGUUAUUAUCAUGCUGACUCGUGAUGUUGUCAUUAUUUGGUCGAUUUCCGUGGACGACUCAACAAAAUACUCAGAAUGCAGGAUUGCUGGUGGUUUGAAAGAAUCUUGUUAAUGAAUAAAAUUAUUAUUCACAGAA